CAUCGGUCAGCACCGACACACAGAGCAACGGGUGAUCUGACAGAACUUGAUCAACCCCCACUCGAUUAUUCAGGAUUUUUCUCUGGAUUGUUUGACAUCGAUCAUGGAGGUCUGGAAUAAUGUCGAAAGCUCCAUGGAGGCUCAUCGUGAGCUGCACGAUCAUAGCCAAGCUGGGGGCUCGGACUCCGACGACCCAAGGACGGUGCUCACGUACCUGACCUUCCUGGAGCAGAAGAUCGCGCACCUCCGCGGCAUCAUCUGCUCUGCGCCGCGGCCGCCGCGGCAGAUCGUGUCGGCCGAGCUCAGCUGCAUCGCCGUGCAGCUCGUCUCCAUCUCCAAUACCCUCGCCGCGGCCAGCGGGGCCACCGCAGAGGAGGAAGCCAAGUCGCCGCCGAGAGCGGCGACUCCGAGCGAAGGGGACAGCGACUCGUCCGACCACGACCUCCAUGCCGAGGACGACGACGAGCGCCUGCCGCCGGCCGGCUCCUACGAGGUGAUCGAGCUCGACAAGGAGGAGAUCCUAGCGCCGCACGUGCACACGUGCAAGGUCUGCGGCAAGGGCUUCAAGCGCGACGCCAACCUGCGGAUGCACAUGCGCGGCCACGGCGAGGAGUACAAGACGGCGGCCGCGCUCGCCAAGCCCGGCAGGGACGCUCCGCCGCUGCCGCCGGCCCGGUGCUUCUACUCGUGCCCCUUCGUGGGGUGCAAGCGGAACAGGGAGCACAAGAGCUUCCAGCCGCUCAAGACGGCGGUCUGCGUCAAGAACCACUACCGCCGGAGCCACUGCGACAAGAGCUACACCUGCCGCAGGUGCAACGUCAAGCGCUUCUCCGUGCUCGCUGACCUGCGCACGCACGAGAAGCACUGCGGCCGCGACCGAUGGGUCUGCUCCUGCGGCACGUCCUUCUCCAGGAAGGACAAGCUCUUCGGCCACGUCGCCGCCUUCGAUGGCCACGCGCCGGCGCUGCCGCCCGAGGAGGACGACGCGGCGGGUCACUCUGCGGCCAAUGGCCUUGGCAGUGCCUCUGAUCAGGUGCUGAUGGACACCGAGGCAGUAGGCAGAAUGGCGAACCAUAAGGAGUGCUUCUCUGGUAGCAUCUUUGAUGGUCUCAGCUGUUCUGACAUCAAAGGCUUCGCUAUGAUCGAUGGACAAUGUUUGGACAACGGAGGAGGGUCCCUCUCGCCGAUGGACCUUUAUUCAUGUGACCUCGAUGGAUUUGAUCUCUUUGGGGCACCAGGAAUUGAUGAUUUCUAAACCCUGAGCCUGAUGGGAUGCAUCAAAGAAAGAGAGAACCGAUGAAUAGUUUCAGAACUUUUUUAACUGGCUAGCCUGUAGAACAAUUAGGAAAGUGUAUACUAAAACAUAUCCAAAUGCAAAUUACCUUUUCCCUUUU